GAGACACCGCGAUACCUCUUUCGAGUGUUCAGUCCAUAUUCUCAGGGCGCAACUGACACGAAGUGGGUGAAAUCUAGGGCCGCCAGUAGGGGGUUGGCAUGUAGUUCGGAAGACAUAUUCUCUAUAGAGAACAAACAGCGCGCAGCAGACAUGUUGAGCAGGCAUCUUCAGUGGUGGAAGAAUCCCCAUGAUAAUCUAGUGUCAUGGACGAGCUCUUUGCUCUCUGCACUAGUAUAUAUCUUCCACCUUCGUGCCAUACAUUCUGAAGCAACUUUGGACGAGAUACAAUUAUUGGUCGUCGAUACAGCAAUCUUUCCAAAGGGAGCCUUCAUGCGAGAUUUGGAUCUCGUGCGUGCCUUUCGUUCUGUUGACCAACAUUUACGCAAUAAGAAAAGCAAGUGGUCUUCAGGCUACUAUUAUUUUGGAGAGUACCUGUCACAAGGGGCGCUGAAGGUUGAAGGCCGUUGCCAAGUGGCCUCAGCACAGAACAUCGUCAAUGAUGGUUUGUAUACCAUCCGAAAAGAAUUCAGAGGGUUUGCAGACUGGAAACCAGGAUCUGCACGUUGGGCAGACGUUGUUAUUGAAAUGCGUAAGGUCUUCCAUUACGACAUAUCAACACGCCGUGAAAUGAGCAAAAGAGCAAUGUCGGCAGUUUUGCGAAUCUCUCGUCAGUUUGGACCUGAUUUUCAAACCCCCAUAGCAGCAAAUUUGGUUGCAAUAGCUGCUCCCCGAUAUCGCCACGUUCCUACGCAAUUUAUAUAUCCCGAACUCCCUCUACUUACAGGUUCGUGUAUCUGCUACUGGAUUUGA